CGACCAUGAGGCCACAAACUCGCAUAUUUUCAAUUGCAUGGCCAAGCCCAUUGUGCACAAAGUGAUAUCAGGAAACAAUGGAACACUAAUUACAUACGGUGGCACAUCAUCAGGCAAAACCCAUACAAUGCUGGGCGAUGACCAGAACCCAGGGGUAAUAGAGCUGGCAACAAAGGAAAUAUUUGAGACGAUACGCAAAGACAAGCAACGCAGCUUUCUGCUGCGUCUUCAGUUCAUAGAAAUAAACAAUAAAAUCAUAACCGAUCUGAUUAAAAAGCGGCAUACUGAAAUAAAGAUUAAGGAUACUGGAAAUGGUAAUGUGAAGGUGAGCUCCGAAGAGUACUUGGUGAGCAGCAAGGAGGAGCUGUUGCAGUGGCUCUUCAAGGGGAAAAAAAAGCGCUCCAAGCGCUCGCACGCCAUACUUCGCAUUAUCAUCGAGUCGCGCUCCAUUAGUGCUCAACGGGAUGAACCAGUCAUGCAAAGUGUUUUGAAUUUGGUGGAUCUGGCUGGGUGUAGCAACAUAAUGCACAUGUCAAACAACAAUGUUAGCUUCCGAGACCAGCAGCUGAAUCAGCUACUGGGCGCGUCUCUUGGCGGCAAUGCGUGCACCGGCAUCAUCUGCACGGCCAAUCCAAACAAUUUUCUGGAGACGAGAAAAACCCUGCAAUUUGCCAGUCGAGUCCGAAAAGUAUGCAACCGGCCGCUGGUCAACGUGGUAGCUUACAAGGCGACAAUGAUGAAGCAACAAGAUCUAAAAACAAAGAAGCUCAGGGAGCAAUUGGCCAAGGAGGAGCGAGUCAUGCUAGGUAGCCCCCGAGUUGAUGAACAGCAAGAUGGCUGCACGGAGUGCACUGGACUCUGCAAAGCUUUCAUAGAGAAGUUGGUUGAUCGUCCCCAGCUUGAGAUGUUACUGAAGGAGGAUGUUCAUGCAACUCUUCACGAACUUUGCCGCGAUGUCCUGCGCAGCACCAGGGACGUUUGCCCCGAGCUGCAGUCAAGCUGCGAGAGAAUGUUCCACAAUUGUGUGGAGCUUGAACGCCUCCAGGCCGAAGGCGAGUCCGUGUGUGAUGGGGCAAUCGAGCUCACUCAGCGUGAGCUGCAAGCGGAAAUCGCCGAGAUGCGGACUAAGCUGGAAGAUGCCCAGUUGAGUUACGACAUGGCCAAGUGCCAGGUGUCGGAGAUAACGGAGGACUGCAAUCGUCUCAAUCUUCAGCUAUCCACUGCCCAGGCCGACAAUGCCCAACUGCAGGCAAAGAACGAUCAACUUCAGCAGAUAUGUCAGACCCAGCAGCAGGCCAUUCAAGCCAUGCAGGCAGACUACUAUGACCUCCAGCAGAAGUUCGAAAAGGUGCAGCAGGAUUACGAGGAUUUGGGACGAACCUCCAAGGCCAACAAAGAUCAGUGUCUACAGCUGGAGGCCGACAACACGGCACUUCAGGCGGAGAUUGUCACACUCAAGGAGCGCGUGGAGCAGGCACAGCGCGUUCUCUUGGAAUCUAGUAAUCAAAAGGCCCUCGCGGAGCAACUGAAAGAAAAAAAUGAUGAGCUCAAAGCAGAGCUGUCGGAUGUGCAGUCGAGCUUCCAGGAAAUGCAGCGCAAAUAUGACUGCUUGUCCAACGAUCUAAUGGAGAGCGUAGAGGAGUGUGAUGGCUUGCGUAAAGAGUGCAACGCUUUGCGUGAGGAGCUCAAGCAGCGGUCGACGCCCAGCUAUGACAUCGAGUCCAUGAAGAGCUCUGGCGUCGGCACAGAGUGCAGUGAGGCCGAUCUAGAGUCGGAGACAGAUAGCGGAUUUUUGGAGAAGUUUGUCAAGCUGUCAGAUUCGCUGCACGAGAUCGAGCUGCAGCAGAGCUCGGGCUGCAGUCGCCUCUUCAGGGCUACCGAGAUUCAGGAGCACAAUGUGCCCGGGCUGAAGCUCUGGCUCGAGCCUGCUACAAACAUAAACACCGUCGCGCACACGCUCGAUGACGAUGCAGAAGAUGCCGUGUGCCUGAAGGGCGUGCUGCGACAGCACAGGUUCCAGAUCAUCAGGCUAACCCAGGAGACUGCACCCGCUCAAGAUGCGGAGAAGGGACUAGUUCAAUUAUUGCUGGUGGAAAGAACAGCGAUGCAAAGAGAUCUUAAGCUACUCACAGAAGCGAAUGCUGCCUUGAAGAAAGAACUGGGUAAUGGUGAAGUCUUGACCAUGAGCAUCGAAGUAAAUGAAAAACUUCUAGAAUCAAUGAACGAACGAGAGGAGCAGUUUAAGAUCCAGCUGAAUGUUAAAGAAGAAGAGAUUUCCCUCCUAGAGUCGAAAUUAAAAACGAAGAGUGCUGAAGUUAAAGAAAUGAAGGAGAGAUGUAUAAUAAUGCGCCAGGACAUGGACGAGGCUCCGAAGUCAGCGGCUCAACUCAAGGCAAAGGAAGCAGCUUCUGCGGUCGUCCAGGAUUCGCUAAAGAACAAAAAUUUGGCUCUGGAUAAGGAAAAACCAAAAGCCUCUCUGAAUUGCAAGGAAGUGUUGCCAGUUGUCCGCCGCACUGUGGUGAAACGUGGUCCCGAGAAGGAACCUACCUCCAGUACUUUGACCGUUCCUGAAAAGUGGGAUAAAUCGGCAGAAUCGAGUAGAAUAAAACGCAGACGCCUUCACGACAUGCGUCGGAGGAUCGACUGAGCAAAUCA